UCACAGAACCUCUCUUAAGAACUCUCACAGAGACUCAAACUCUCAUACAUAUUUAGCAGCAAAACAUUGCUCCUCUCACUCUCAUACAAUCUCAGCAGCACAUUUGCACAUCAUUAUGUCAAGUGCACAAUCUUUGAAGAAUAUUGACAUAAAUGUAUACUUCGGUGGACACCUUUACAAUCCUGAAGGGAUUGACGGAUUCCCAUUUAGAGGGGAGGGUAUCGAAUGCUACUACAUGAUGUUACGUCGUAAGUUGAAGACGUUGACUGAUUUGAAGAGGAAAAUAAUGGACGAAUUGAAAUUGAACCCUGCUUGGUAUGACAUCAAGAUUAUUUAUCGUUGCCCACAAGAAGUUCUUCAUGAACGGAUAAAUUACGGGUAUAUGGCGAUUAAAGAAGAUAAACAUGUAAAGAUGAUGUUUAAUAGGAUCCAGAAAAUGCCCCAAGUAAAUGCUGCUGAGUUGUAUGUAAGUUUGGAGGCGAGUGUAGACAACAGUACUGAGGUGGUGCAAGAAACAUCUACGGCUUUACAAUUUACAACCCUAGAUGAUGGAUGCACUACAAUGGGAGGGCAUGCAAUGGGAGAUGAUGAUGAUAUUGGUGUCCAGCAUGAUACAGAUACGACCACUGGCUACAGACCUCCUGCGGACUCAUUCUACGCAAAUACUUGGGAAGAUAUGGUUGAUCAUUCGCGUCUUCAGAUACCAUUUCUUUGUACUUGGCAAGAUGGGAUGCAUUUUUGUAAAGGGUUGACUUUUGCAAAUAAAGCUGCGGUGAAGCGUGCAUUGAUAAUAUACGCAGCAAAGGAUAAUAGAAAUUUCUCCAUCCAAAGGUCGAGCACAACUCAAUUGUGCGCCGCAUGCGUUGACGACAACUGCAAGUGGUACGUUGGGGCAUACAUGAAGCCUAAAUUCAAUGGUCUGUGGAUGGUCACGUCUUAUGUGGGUUCACACAGUUGUAUACCCUUUGGGCUGCGAAGAGAUGGUAGAAUGAUGGAUUCUAAUUUUGUUGCAUCAGAAAUUGUGGGAAGAUUGCGAAAAAAGCACACUGCUACUGUUGAUGAGCUUUGGGAGAUCAUACGUACUAAGUAUGAUCAUGAGUUUUCUUACUAUAAAGAUUCGGGUACCCAGUAUAGCUAUCACACCAUACCUAAGCCAUUAGAAGGUACUACGUUACUGCGCUAUGUAUAUUGGGCAUUCGCUCCAUGCAUUGCUGCAUUCCAGUAUUGCAGGCCAGUGAUUAGUAUUGAUGGAACUCAUUUAUAUGGUAAAUACAAAGGGGUAUUGAUGAUUGCAAUGACAACCGAUGCUAAUCAAAAGGUUUUGCCUAUCGCCUUUGCUGUUGUGGACAAGGAGUCAGGGCCUAGUUGGGGGUGGUUUUUAGAGUGUCUCAGGACUUCAAUAGAGCGUGUUAUUGAAAACAAGGACAUUUGCAUUAUUUCUGACCGACAUAAAGGUAUCAAAUGCGCCAUUCGAGAGUGGCCUAGAGGGCAAGACGGAAGAGAACGGGUAUAUCAUCGAUAUUGCCUUCGACAUGUUGCUAGCAACUUCAACACACAUUUUGAUAACCCGACUUUAAAGGCAUUGGCCUUGAAAGCUGGAUAUGAGACUCAUGAUGCUAAAUUUGUGUCCAUAAUGCAAACCAUUAAGGAGGCCGAGAUUAAUUUACUAAGGGGUGUAGACCCUACUGAUCGCCGGAUUAUACGUUAUAUGCCAUACACAUAUCUAAUGAGUGAGGAUGUAGACAAAUGGACCCAGUCACAUGAUGGUGGAAGACGUUACGGGGCAAUGACAACCAAUACCUCUGAGUGCUUUAAUGGGGUUCUUAAAGGUGCCCGCGGUUUGUCCAUUGCUGCAAUGGUUAAGUUCACUUAUUUUAAACUUGUUGCAUAUUUCCACGAUCGACAUAAACAAAUUACUUCUGAUCUCUCUCGAGAUAAGGUGUGGAGUGAUUAUGCAAUGGAGAUCUAUAACAAAAAUGAGCAGAAAAUUGCAGGACACACUCUGAGGAAUUAUAAUCAUGCAGAGGGUAUAUAUCAAGUGGUUACCCCGUAUAACGACCAUAGAGCUGGAGGGGGAAAUCACAGUCAUGAUGUGCGCAUAUUUGAUAGAACCUGUGGUUGUGGAAAGUGGCAAAACUUGAAGAUCUCUUGUUCACAUGCAAUUAAAGUUCUUAAAGGUCUGCAUCUCGAUGCGCCCAGCUAUAUUGACCCAUGUUACAGUCUGAACAACGCCAUUCUCACAUAUUCACAUAAUUUUGUGGUGCCAAAGUCAGAGUCAUUAUGGACAGAUGUUCGCGGACCACGGUGGGUGCUUGACCCACAAUUGUUGCGGGCCAAAGGUCGUCCUACGAUGUCAAGAAUAAGGAAUGAAAUGGAUGGGGUACGGCGAGAACGGGGAAGCCGGAGGGAAGAUCCGGAGUUGAGGGAGAUUCAACCGAGACAACGAUGUAGAGUGUGUCAUCAAGAGGGGCAUAACCGCAGAUGCUGUCCCAAUUCCCAUGGGGCUUCGACAAGUGGUAGUGCUAUGAACUAG